CAAAUAAAUACAGGCCAGUUACAAUUUUCAAUAUGUUUUAGAUUUAGCUUGACUGUGGUGCUGAUAAGCUCAAUAUCUCCAGUGUGUGUUAAUUCGAUUUUUCUCUCCUCAGACAUGCACAAACCACCUCUGGCCCCGAAACCAAAGCUGGUGCAGCCCCAGAGGCCGGGGCUCUCUCCCUCCACCACCAGAAGAGCCGGCCUUUCUCUCCCGUCUCCCGGCACGCCAAGGAGGGUCAAACCGGUACUGGCCCCCAAGCCCUGCCUCUCAAAACUCACAUCCGCCGCCGUGGUGUCCAAACCCCUCGCUUCAAAGAGCCCGCACCAAACAUCUGUAACAGAAAACCCUUGCGCCGUAGGUCUGCUGAACUCUCAUAAUGGAAUACAGCAAGAAAACAAAAAGCCGGAUUGGGAUUACAUUAUUCCUAUUUGCUUGUGCAGCCAGGAAAACUGCCAGUGCAUCAGGAGCACAGCGGCAGGCAGAGACAAAACGCAAAAAGAGUUGCAGAAGGGUAAAGGCGAAGAAAAACGAACGAUUCCCCAAACAACAAGAGGUGUGGUGGAGAGUGGAGAGAGAACUGUAGCUAGUAAGAGCCACGUGAUGAGUGAUAAACCACCAGAGUCUGCCUCUACCAGUACCAACCUCACUCACCAUAAACCUCUACAAGAGCGGCUCAAUUUGGACAAAAAUCCUCACAAAGACAUUCCCUCCAGUCCUGUGGUGAACGUUAGGCCCUCUCUUCCUCACAGUACACGCAGUAAUAAGUCAAAUGGUAACGUAUCACCUCAGGGUCCACCUGGGCGUGGGCCGAGGGAAGAUGCUCUUGGCUCAGGGCAAAUAUCUUGUGUGCUCCAACCCAAACCAGUCCCAGUGCCACGGAAACCCAGGACAGCUGUUCUGGCUGCCCAGGAAAAGGUGGAGGAGCAGAGGGAAGAUACUAUGCUCGUACAGGAAGGGAGGGAGAUGGACGUCAGAGAGGUGAAGGUGUCAUCGGAAGGGAAGGACAGCACACCCCUGUCUGUCAGUGUACCUGUUAGUUUAAACAAGCAGCCGAUUGUUCUGACUGUGAGAAAGGUCAGUGCUCCGCCAGCCCCUCCACCCAAGAAAAAGCCUUUUCUGUCUGCACCUGAGAGCGCGCCACCUGAGACGCUGCCAAAGGAUGUGGACGAGGAGGACCUGGGCUGGGACAGCAGCGUUUAUGAGAUGGAGGUGUCGGUUGACAUGGAGAACGGAGAGGUGGACAAGGAGAUGGAAGGAAAGGAAGAUCAGGAGAGAGUCUUCAUUGACCUCACGCAUCGUCCGACUUUUAGCUCUUUGCUCAAUCAGCCGGAUAUCAGCCAGCCUCCUGCCAUCACCGGGGCAGCACAGAAUGUUGCGCAGAGAGUGCUUCCGAAGAAGCCGCAGAGACACAGCAGCCACAUGACGUUGAUCCGGAGGAAGGAAUCCUCUGAGGAGACAGAAAGUGGGAAAUUAGGAGAUGAUGAGAAAAGACAGGAGGUCGAUCCCAGACAAGAUUGUGUUUUGAGGGUGAGAGCGAUGAGGGAGCUGCCUCUGCCCCCAGAUGAGAGAGCAAGAAGAAGCCUCCUACCACCUGGAAUCAUUAAGCCCCUACGGUCCAGCCUGGGCAAACAGAGAGCCAAGUCGUUCUGCAGUGCCGACCUUGUUUGCUCCGACGCACCGAGGAGGAACUCCUUCCGGAAACUGCUGGACUUGAAGCUUUCGGUGAAGAUGCUGCCUAAGCUGAAAGGGAGACGAGGCAAGAGCCCGGACUGCACUGCCAACGACAAUGAGCAGAGUGUUGACAAUCCCCGAGAUGCACGUCAGAGCCUCUCACAGCAUCUAAGAUUGGAACGUAAAUUAUCCUGUCCUCUGAUCGGAGUGGAGCAAAGCGUGGAUGGAGAUGACGUUCCCCCUGGGAUGGAUCAAGAUGAUCACUAUGAGAACAUCCGUCACUAUGAGGAGAUCCCAGACUACGAGAACGUCUACAUUGGGACCUUCUCGCAGCCUCCGGCCUGGCAAGGCGACAUGUAUAACGAUGAAGGCAUUUAUGAGGAGCAGGAGCCGUACAUGACCUUUGAGAAAAACUCUGGAAACCAACAGUGUCUCCCACCGACAGACUACGAAAGAAGCUCUGCCAGUGAGGAGGUGGAACCCCUGGGCGAUGGCCCGUCCGAUGAUGAUUUUAUGGUAAACACCUUGUCGUCAGACGAGGAGGACGAGAACGACAGCAGCUCCAUCUCAAGUAAAGGGGACGCUGAGCAGUCAGAGGAGAGUGCGAGUGGACAGAAGAAGAGCAAGAUUCACCACAUCGCUACUGAAAUCAUGAGCUCUGAGAGUGUGUUUGUCGAUGUCCUGAAGCUUCUUCAUGUCGACUUCCGAGAUGUGGUGUCCAAAUCAUCUCGUCAGAACGGGAAGCCCGUGAUUGAGGAGCGACUUCUCAACCAGAUCCUGUAUUACCUCCCACAGCUCUACGAACUCAACCAAGACCUGCUGAGAGAGCUGAAGCAGAGAUUGGCCACAUGGAAUGAGAGUGCGCAGCUGGCGGACAUUUUCCUGAAGAAAGGGCCCUAUCUGAAGAUGUACUCCACUUACAUCCGCGAGUUUGACAAGAAUGUGGCUUUGCUGGAAGAGCAUACCAAGAGGAACCCAGCAUUUGGAGCUGUAGUAAGGGAGUUUGAGGCCACUCCACGCUGUGCCGGCUUGGCCCUGAAGCAUUACCUACUGAAGCCAAUUCAGAGGAUUCCUCAGUACCAGAUGCUGCUCACAGAUUAUCUGAAAAACCUCUCUGAGAACUCGGGUGAUUACAAGGACACACAAGCUGCCCUUGCUCUUGUGAAGGAGGUGGCCAAUCAUGCCAACGACAUCAUGAAACAAGGGGAUAAUUUCCAGAAGCUGAUCCAGGUGCAGUGCAGUCUGAACGGCCAUCAUGAGAUAGUCCAGCCUGGGCGGAUCUUCCUGAAGGAGGGCGUCCUGAUGAAACUGGCCAGGAAGGUCAUGCAGCCCAGAAAGUUCUUCCUGUUUAACGACAUGUUGCUGUACACCACCCCUGUUCAGUCGGGUCAGUACAAGCUGAACAACAUUCUGUGUCUGGCUGGGAUGAGGGUUAGCAAACCAAGCCAGGAGGCCUAUCAGAACGAGCUGAACAUUGAGAGUGUGGAGCGCUCCUUCAUUCUGUCUGCAAGUUCGGCAAGAGAGAGAGACGAAUGGCUCGGGGCCAUUUCCUCAGCGAUCUGUGACUACACCAGAAAGAAAAUCAGUUUUAUAACUGGCAAACCUCUAGAGGAGGUAGAACUGACGGACGGUGGUGAUGGUGUUCCUUUGGGAUCCAAAGCCCCGAUAUGGAUCCCUGACCCACGGACCACCAUGUGCAUGAUCUGCACCUGUGAGUUCUCCCUGACCUGGCGGAGACACCACUGCAGAGCAUGUGGAAAGGUGGUGUGCCAGUCCUGUUCCUCCAACAAACACUGCCUUGAAUACCUAAAGAACCAGUUAGCACGGGUGUGUGACCAGUGCUUCAUUGUUCUUCAGCAGCAGAAAAAUGAAGGCUCCAUUUCAGAGGCUUUGUCCCCUGGAGGCAGAAACACCUUUGCUUUUUCCAGGAAGCAGAAGAAGAAACCAUCUGCACUCAAAGAGGUGUCAGCAAACACAGACAACUCCUCCAUGAGCGGCUAUCUCCAGAGGUCAAAGGGCAAUAAGAAGCAGGGGAAGAGGCUGUGGUUUGUCAUUAAAGACAAAGUCUUGUACACAUACGCUGCAAGUGAGGAUGUCGCGGCCUUAGAGAGUCAGCCCCUGUUAGGAUUCAUGCUGAAAGUGGAUUCAGAUCAGGAGUUACAGUUUAAGCUCUACCACAAAAACACACUGCACCACAUUUUUAAAGCUGAUGACGCACAAACAGCUCAAAGAUGGAUCGACUCAUUCAAAGAAGCCACUGUACUUUAACACUUUCAGUUCAUCAACAAACUUUCUAACCUGACAAUAUUUAAAAUUAUUAAAAUUUACUGUAGUUGCCGUUUCCAUUGUUUGUAGAGCACUCUUUUGGAGGUGAAAUUUACACACCAGUGUUUUCCAACAGAUAUUAUUUUAGCUGUGUUUAAAUUUAACAUUUAGAUUUAGUCACAUUUUAAUUUAAUUGUGUAGUUGCCUGUUUGGAUAUAGAUAGCACCGAUUUGUCAGAUAAAGCCCAUUGUCUGUAGAUUUUUUAUAAAUAGUGUAAAUUAAUUUGUAUCCACAUUUGCCUAAAUGUUAAAACAAAUCUUGCAAAUGUUUUCUGCUAUUCAGGGAUUAGUACUUUAUUUCACACAAAUCUAGACCUACAGCACUCAAGACACAACUUUUAAUACUUGUAUAAGAAAGUUUCAUUUUCAGAAGUCUAACUAGUUUAUCUGGGAAUAAAUAUUCACUUUUUGGACAUUAAUUUACUUUACUUUGACAUAAAUAUACUGCAAAGUGUUUUGCACUUAAGUCACUUAAAUGGUUGUACAUAGAUUAUAUCCCAUAAACAUUUAUAAUCUGUAAAUAUAGAUAAUUGUAAAUUAAAUGUUAUUAAAGUUCCAUGAAUUUUUUUUUUUUACUGUGUUUUUGUUAUUUCAGUUCAGUAGAACUAAGAGAAACAAUGCCUCAACAUUAAAAUAACAGAAAAGGCUGUGUUCUGAAUUGUAUUACUACUUGUUUGGCUGUGACCGAAUUGCUAUUUUGUUUUGAUUAUAUUUUUACUUUACUAAUGAUGUACUGAAAUACUUUGACUUUACAACCAUGUCAGUGUGAAAACUGGUAACUGUUGCAGAAGAUAGGUCAUUUUUUAAGUGCGUGGAGUCUUAAAAAGCAACUGAAGAGCAUCGGGUUGAUUCAUGGCCCCGAGAAAAGAUGCCACAUUGUGCUUUUGUGCUAAAGGCUUAAAGCAUUGGUAAAUGAUUUCUUAAAUAAAGAAUAAAGCCU